AAGCAGCCUUCCACAACCACCUCCACAAUCGACGGUCUCUGUCAAGCUUCUUAAACACUCACUUUUCCAUUCAUUUCUACUGAGCCAGCUGAGUCCUUAAAUAAUGGAGGCCGUAAUGGCUUUCCCAUCCUACCUCAGCCGCUACAUCGAUCUCGGCUUCGACUCAGACGAUGUGUCUGCCCUAAUCGACGACAUAGACGCCAGUGAUCUCGAGUACAGCGAAUCUGAAUCUGAAUCCGAAUCCACACUACUCCGCCUCCCCGCCGAGGUCCUGCUCAACGUCCUGGAAUUCGUCCCAAUCGGGCACAUAUUGGGCCUCCGCCUUGUCUGCAAGGCCUUCCGGGACUGGAUCGAUACUCGCGUGCUGUACUCGUAUCUCCCGCGCACUCAGCUUUACUUCUACGCGGGAGGUGCUGGUGUUGAAAUUAAGAGCGAGAAACGGGCUGAGGUUAGAUGGAUCACGGCUUCGUUUUCUCACCUCGAAACACCUGCGUGCUCUAUAAACACUCAGCCAAGGGCGAAGUGGUCGUCUCCUACGGCGAUAUUCCGACUUGACCCGAACGGUCAUUGGAUGAAAUCCGUUCUGGACAUUGGAGAUCCGAAAACCAUCGAGGAGCUACUUGAUCGAUUACCCGAAGUAGCUCGCGACCGUACCCCAGGCUCCUUCGCAAAGCCAGGCUGGUUCAUCAAAGUAGACGAAGCUGUCUUCGACCUGGACCUGGGGAGGAAGAAGAAACCCAGUCCUGAAAUGCACGUAGACAUGGAGCGCAACUUUGUCCGAGUGCGGUGGAAGACGAUGCUGAAGAAUCUGGCCAAGUCCGAGGCGCGGCUCAUCCAGAUGUUGCAGGAGCAGCCGGUUUGCGGUUUCACGUUUAGUCAUUUUGAGGACUGUUUGCGUACGGUGCGCCGGCAGCGAGUUGGAUACCUACUUGAUCAUAACGAUAAGGAGGAUCGGAUGAUGGCGUGGCAGCUCAAAUUCCUUCCACCGCUGUUCGGGAUACCGGAUCACAAUAAGGGGAGGCCGGAUCCGCAAUUCGACCUGCUUCCGAGCGAGGAAUACGCCAUUAAGCACCUCCUUCGCUUUCGAAAGGAAGCGGCAAUGAGCGAGAAAGAGCGCAAUCGCCUUUUGCAAUUGGCAGAGGAUAGAAGGACGAUGAUGAAGGAGAUGCAGGAACUCCAGAGACUCUUCGUUGAGUGGAAACUGGAUAUGUACGACGCUGAUCUGGAGCCGACGUCGUACUACUUGGUGUCGCUGCAGAGAGAGGAUGUGAACAAGUUUGUCGAGCUGCCGUCGAGCCCGUUUGCCUGGUCCGAUGAGACUAUCGCGAAAGAGGAGCGGCGUAUCGCAAGGUGGCGGAGUCAGAAGGGGAUUAGGAUGAAGAUGAUGGAUUUGCUGAGGGAGUCGCAUGAGGCGUUGAAUGUGCCUGAGGAUGCGUUUGAUGAUCCUUUUAGCGAUGGGUGAUGUCGAAGGUUUAUUGGUAUCGACUGCGUUUAUGCUGUCUUUUACCUCGAAGUCUCUUUUCUGAGGUUACUUGCCAUAUGGCUGAUAAGUUCCGAAGCCUAGGUACAGAUGUACUUUUGUUGGGGGGAUGUCACGGAUUCGGGAUGUCGAGGGGUGGGGGCAGCCGCCAGCGUCACUCAACAGGCUACACAGGAUACAUCCUCUAUCAGAAAUUUGGGUC